AUGGAAAAACCCGUGCUUAAAACAUGGCUAUCCGACCCGGUUUUCCGGCCACCGGAAACUCCUCUAGAGCCGAUGGAAUUUCUCUCCCGGUCCUGGAGCGUCUCAGCUCUCGAGGUGUCCAAAGCCCUCGCUCCUUCAGAAACCUCAGUCGGCGACACCGUCAUACUCGAAGAGGAACCCAUCGCCGGCGGCGAAACAGAGGAGGACGACCUCGUCUCCGGGAACCCUUUCUCCUUCGCUUCCUUUGAGACUUCUCAGAUAGUCAUGGAUCGUAUCUUAUCUCAGUCUGAAGCGUCUCCACGAACAUCUGGUCGGUUUUCUCACAGCAGCGGUCCUCUCAUUGGCUCUUUCACCGACAGUCCUCCGAUUUCGCCGUCGCAAGUCGACGACGUUAAGCAAUUUUGCCGAUCAAACAACAACAACACACAUAAUUUGAACUACUCUCAAUUCCGUUCGACGGCGAACGCUCCGGGACCAAUCACCGCAACAACCACACAGUCCAAGACGGUGGGCCGGUGGAUGAAAGACCGGAGAGAGAAAAAGAAGGAAGAAACACGAGCCCUCAACGCGCAGAUACUCGCGGCUGUCUCCAUCGCCGGCGUGGCAGCCGCGGUGGCUGCAAUCGCGGCUGCAACCGCCGCUUCGUCUAGCUCCGGAAAAGAUGAGCAGUUGGCUAAAACGGAUAUGGCCGUGGCUUCUGCUGCAACACUUGUGGCUGCUCAAUGCGUUGAGGCUGCGGAGCUUAUGGAAGCUGAGCGGCAUCAUUUAGCCUCCGUUGUUAGCUCCGCCGUCAAUGUCCGAUCCGCCGGAGAUAUCACGACAUUAACCGCCGGAGCAGCUACAGCGUUAAGAGGAUUGGCUACAUUGAAGGCGAGGGGAAUGAAGGAGGUGUGGAACGUUGCUUCAGUUAUUCCAAUGGAUAAAGGAAUCAAUCAUGGAGGCUAUAGCAAUGUUAACGGUAGCAACUGUAGCUCGAGCAGCGGUCACAGUGGCGAAUUUAUAGCUGAAGAUAGUUUCUUGGGACAUUGCAGCAGAGAGUGGCUGGCUCGAGGGUGCCAACUCCUCAAACGCACCCGCAAAGGUUAUCUUCAUUGGAAAAUAGUUUCUGUUUACAUAAACAGGUUAAAUCAGGUUAUGUUGAAGAUGAAGAGCAGGCAUAUUGGAGGGACCUUCACAAAGAAGAAGAAAAAUAUUGUGAUUGAGGUGAUCAAAAAUGUUCCGGCUUGGCCAGGCCGCCAUUUGCUGGAAGGAGGAGGGGAUUUGAGAUAUUUUGGGUUAAAGACGGUUAUGCGAAGGAUUGUAGAGUUUGAAUGCAGGAGCCAGAGAGAUUAUGAAAUGUGGACACAAGGUGUCUCAAGACUUCUUGCUGUUGCUGCCGAGAGGAAUAGCAGAUAUAGGAUAUGA